AUGAAGAUAAAAAAACUAGGAUUUUUUUGUCAAUACACAAUGAACAAUUCCUUGCUGGAAAAUUCAACGUUUGCAAACGCAACCGAAGCCUCCAAAUGCAUUCCUUUCAGAAAAGAAGAUUCUAUCUCCGUGAAGGCCACUAAAGCCGCAUGCUACACAGUUCUGAUGUUGUUUUCUUUUUUUGGAAACGCGGCGGUCAUCGCCAUUGUUGCCAAAACCAGGCAGAUGCGGACCACAACGAACUAUUUGAUCGCUAACAUGGCAGUGUCAGAUUUGCUUCUUUCUGCAUUUGCGGUGCCCAGAGAAAUGACGGAGUUGUUCAUUGGUUUUCAAGGAUGGUUGUUCCACGGUCUGUUCGGUGCCGUUCUUUGUAAAACUGUUUAUUUUUUUCAAGACAUUUCAACCGCUGUAUCGAUACAAAGCAUUGUUGUCAUUACGCUUGAUAGAUAUGUAGGGUUAGUGUCGCCAUUUCGGAAGCCUUUCAUAGCUCCACGACGACGCAAGGUGGUGAUUGUUUCCAUCUGGUUAAUAGCGAUGAGUCUGCACGGCAUUUAUCUUUACAUUUAUCGCGUGCAGAGGGUGAAUGGUGCGAAUGUAUGUAUUUUCAGCUUUGAGCCAGCAUUUGACAAUUUACAGGGAUUAAGAGUUAACUUCAUAAUAUUGUCACUACUUUUGAUCGUCAUUCCUCUUGGCAUUCUUAUUGUUUUAUAUUCACUUAUAUUUAAGGCUUUGGAAAAGCGGAAGUCCUUUUGGCGAAAAUGUUCCUCUUCUCUGCUAAAGAGCCGGCAAAAGGAAAAUACUCAAGUUAUCAAGAAAAUUUUAGCGAUUAUCUGUUUGUUUAUGAUCUGCAUUUUACCCAUAGAUAUUGUAGGUUUUUUAUUUCUUUUUGCAUGGCACGAGGGAAUCCCGUGCGGUAUGGACAAUUUAAGCUUCGCAGUCAAGUUUGUUUUUUACUCCAACGCCUCUCUCAAUCCUUGCGUUUAUUUCAUCUUAAAUGAAAGAUAUCGCCAGGGUCUACGAAACCUCUUCAAAGGCCACAAAUGGUUCGCACAGGAAAGACAGUUAAAAAGCGUCGAAAUGACCACAUUUUAA